GCCCAGGCUGUCAGAGUCACUCUCCGGGCCAGACAGGCGGCAGAUGGCAGUGUAGCGGAGCAUGCGCGGUGCCGCCUCCCGGCUCACACAGCCAGCAGCAGCAGCAGCAGCAGCAGCAGCAGAGACAGCAGAGACAGGAGCGGCCGGAACACAUCGGCGAGUGCCCGGGAGUGAGUGGUCGCAUCUCCGGCACACCAAACGCCGCCGCCGCCGCUAUGUAUCACACGGAGAGCGUGGCGGGCAGCUGAGGAGUCCCGGGGCGGAGAGCUCUAUGCCCGGCUCAUGCCUGUCCCCGCUGCCGCUGCUGCUCCCGGGCUGUGAAGUUUAUCGGACCCUGGGCACGGAGAGCCCCCGCCUUGGCAUGGAGCCCCUGCCACACCCGGCGCCCCCAAACCCAUCCUGGUAACAUAGUUCCAGGCAUCCACUGUUCUCCCAGCCACCGGCACGUCUCUCCCGGCCUGCUGAUCAGGCUUCCAGACAGAGAUGACAGCCACAGCUGCCUCCAAGUGCCUGAAGAAUGAUAAGGUGGACGAAGCGCAAGCUUUGGCCAGGAGCUGUGCCGGAAGACCCGAUUUCAAGCCCUGCGACGGUCUCUCCAUCUGUGCCACCCACAGCCAUGGCAAGUGCUUCAGGCUCCACUGGUGCUGUCACUUGGGCUGGUGCCACUGCAAAUAUGUUUACCAGCCGAUGACUCCCGUGGAGCAGCUUCCAAGCACGGAGAUCCCAGUGGAACCACAGGAGCAGACCAACACAAUCCAGAUUUCUGUCUCGCUGGCCGAGCAGUUCCUCAAGGUGGCCUCCUCUUUCCAGCCUCCGUUCAUGCCGGAGUCUCCGCGCUACUGCACCAUCUCUGACCUCUUCCUGGAUAAUUAUCAGGUGAAGUGUAUCAAUGGCAAGAUGUGCUAUGUCCAGCGGCAGCCACCACCACCGCCACCUGCGGCUCAGCUAUGUAUCAGGUCACGUUCCGAGAGGGAGUAUCUGCAGGAGGCCUACCCACACAAAAACACAGAGGGACCAAAAAUAGAUCAUUGCUCCUCUCCUUCCAACUCUGAGGACUCUGGGAUCAAUGCUGUGGGGGUCCCCUACUUGGAAUCCUGUGACGAAGACACAGAGGAAGGGGCGGAACUCAGUUCAGAAGAAGACUGCAGUCCAGAUGGCUGCUGGGGGCAGGAGCCUUCUCCCUUGGUGUCUCCUUCCAAGACUGACCUGGAGAUCAUAGAGACUAUAGAGACCACCGUGUGAGUUGUGUGUAGGGAUAUUACGGGCCACGUACAGACGGCAGCUAGCUGCCAAGGGAGAGAGAGCACACAUACCUACAAAUAUCUGUCAAGUCAUCAAGAAUGUUUAUGGCCCAGCUGUCAGUGACUGGUACCCUGGUUCCGUGAAAGCACAUUGAUGGGUGGAGGUGCCCAACAGCCUUCAAAGGAAAGUUUUAUAUUCACUAAGGCAUAUUCCAUUGGUAUUCGUUCUAAAGGUGGGAUAUGUAGUACCGAGACGGAAACUAAAGAUUUAUUUGCACACGUGAGGAAAAUCUUUUCUUAUCAGGAGACGUCUGGGCGGCUUGCUAAUAUUGGUUGCCCCUUGACUACUUCCUUGUUCCAGGUUUAAAGGGGCAGUCUCACAGUGUAACCUGCAGACCCGUGCUAAUCUGCUAUGUGCCGGUCACAAAAUGGGGCCUUCUCCUUGGGUAUGCUGCAAUGAAUAUAAAACAAUUGUACACCUGUGUGUUAUAUUACUCCGAUGUCUUGUAAAUGAACGAUCACUGUUUUCCAUGUCUCACACUCCUCAAGCAUCCGCCAGUUCCAAAACCAUACCUUAGGGUCCAAAAUGCAGUAUUCCUACUCCGAGGUCUAAUGGAAGCUGCUUUCUACAUGCUUGACACUAGAUGGUCACUGAAUCAUGCGUGUGGCACAGAACAGUGUGAGAUGAGGGUAUUUUCCUGGCAUUAUGGAUCAUGGUGUCAGGGCCCACCAAGACGUAUGGCCUCCCUCGGGUGCUAUAGGGGGUGUGGCAAAACCAUGGGGCGUGGCUACGCCUGCUCGUUACCAGUUGUAUUAGAAAUUUUAUAUACAUUCCCCCUCCUCCAUGCCUGGGACGGCCCUCUCUGACAACGUUGGGCCUGGGUAGUCGGUGCCCUCCCUGUCUCUGUGGUCACCACGUUAGCCUGUAUGGUCCCGUGUACCCAAGCCUACCGAGUCAUGUGGCCUCGUGCCUAUGAAAACAUGUUUCUUGGUGAAAUGAAUAAUUCUAGCUGGUAACAGAGACAAUAAUAAUCUGAUCAUUAACUAGGCUUAUAUUUAAACGUCACGUUACUUAUGCUAUUAACACUAUUCGGGACGCUGGGAAUGUAAUGACUAGUAACCUUUCAAUAAUACGUGGGAUUAUUAUACCCUGCUUUAAUAAUAUAUUCUAACCGUGGCGUCAAGGGCACAGAGAGAAUGCAAUAAAUGCUUUUCUCUCUCGAUCAUAUUGUGGCUUUGCUAUAUUUUAACACCUCAUUUGUUAACUCAUUCAUUGCUGAUCUGGGCUGCCAGUACGCAGUCUCUUAAGUAACGGGCACCGCUAAGCUUUUAGAGUCAAUAUAUUGGCUGUUUACAUCAGCUUUCAGUCAGCGAUACAAAUGUUUUAAGUGAAUUUAUUUGAGCUUUAUGGGCCCCUCGCAGCCGAACGGUCUCACAUCUCAGCCCCGCAGAGAUAAAUAGAUCCGACACCUGCUCAGUACGCAGAGAGCGCCACUUUCUGCUGUUCCUUCGCCCCGUGAUUGCUGAAUGCAUGAGAGCGACCAGUCAAUUACGAUGCAAUUAGGUUAUAGUGACCUUUUAAGAGCCGAGCAUCUUCAAAAGGAAAUAGCAAACCAUAGGUGGCCAAAUCUAAUUGAGUAAGGAACGGACGGACUAAAAGGUUUUUAUAGGAAGUUGCAGGAGCUCCGGAUGGCUCCGUCCUUUCCUCAUUUAUUGCAGUCUAAAGUGCAGAAUCCCUGCUGGGGAAGUAUUAAUAUUUAAGAGUUUUAGUAAAUCUAGAAAACAUGUUUGUUUUGGAGCACAGGUGAAAGCUGUGAGUGCUACUUCCCGGGGUUAAUAUGGGUUUUGCCUUGAUGUGAAGGUAGAUUUAGUCCGUGCCGAUGUAGAGGGAUUUUAUUAGGGUGACCAGGCACAGUAGUGGCUGUACAGUGCGCAGAGUGUUUUACAUAGUCUGUCCAUAGACUUUAGUAUUCCCAAAAGGUACAGGUGUCUAUAUUACGGUUACGUUGCCUAUGGGAGGAAUUAUGUGCACAAAAGAGAUGUUUUUUUUAUGGUCUCUAUAAAACACCCCAUUAUAUGAAAUACACAACCAGAUUACAGCGCUGUCUUGCAAAACUCACUAUAACCUGUUUCAGGCUCUUAUUAUCAAAGAUCAUGGAACCCACUGCAUUUGUCCAAAAAUGGUCCUGAUGCCCGAUAAUAAUCCCACCGGAAUUAGGUUACUCCUGAGCACUGUUGGUCUGUGCAUGUGAUCAUCUUACAACAGCACCACCAGGUCCUGGGGAAAGCAGGAUUAUUCCGACCACUCGGACCCUGAACCUGAGGCCUGUAUGUUGUCCUGUUUGCACUGGUGCCUGGGCACGGGAGGCUGGAUCAGUGUGUGUCUACUUUACCUUACUCUCCUGGCUGCCCUCUUUAGGUGCGGAACCACACUGGUAUUCCUUGAAGUGCAAAGUUAUAAAGGUCUAUUAUUAAAGCCCUUUGUCUAUGCCACUGAGACCUUGGAAGAUCUGGAAGGCCGUGUACUGAUGGACCACAAUUGUUGAUCUGCUUUCUGUGGCUGUUUAUGUGGUUAUGGGUAACUGUAUGCAGGACGGAGUAUGACACGAGGCAGCCUGAGCUAUACCUGGGGCAGGUGAGACAGAGGUGUGCCAGAUCUGCUGAUACUCGCAUAGCGCUCAAGGUACUAUGCAAGACGGGUUAUAUUUAAUUCCAGAACCUGCUCAUAGGUUCACUUUAAGCAUAUGUGAUAAACCUACCUCCCCUGUCCCUCUACCCUCCUCUUCACAAACACAUUCCCAUUGCUUAUGUCAUUUAUCAUUCUAUCAUGUUGCAGUAUAAGUAGCAGGGCAGUAUUCCGCUUUGUGCUGGCCCCGCCCCCGAACAGAGGAUGUCACGACAAGCAAGUGGACUAAGGUCACUCUGGUGGCUCUCUAUGCUUGCAGGGUGAUGUUACAGGUAGCCUGCAAGCCAAAUGCAGGUGCCACGGGGGGGAGUGACUGUGCACCCCUUAGGCCUAGCACCCGGGGCAGUGGCACCACUCCCCCACCACUAGCUACAACCCUGGUAAGCAUGGGGAAGAAUACUAUACUGUAUAUGUAAUUAUAUAUAAUUUUCUUAGCAGUAAGACGAACAACAUAAUCUACUUCCCAAUGAAACAUGUUACAUUUGAACCCAGCUACUUUGUAACAUUACAGAACAGUCUCCUUUCCUUUGUGUCCCCUCUAAUCUCCCGUUGCAGCUGGCGACACUCUCUGCAGCAAGUUUUCCCCGCGGACUGCCGUAAGCCGGCUGGAGAAAUGCUUUCCCUGUGCACUCUCAAAGUCAGUGCAGCGGGUUUACCUCGGCGGGCUCCCAGAAAUAAUUAUGCCAGCGUGGAACUAUUUUUCAUAGCGUCUCCUUCUGCUGACUGAAGGUUAAACUGCGCUGUGUUUUCCGCCUGUGAAAGGCUCAGUGUGUGAGCGGCAGAUGUGACGAAUGGUUCCUGCUCUCAGCAUAUGUUCCCUUCACAAUUGUUUGGAAUCCGUGUGCCAUGCUAUUUAUGGCUGAUGGAAAGUGCUGGCGGCGGAGAGUCUCUCUGCCCGUCGUGACUACGUAUGGAAUUGCUGUAUAUGAGAGGUGUUCUUACCAUUAGCAGCGACAGGUUUCUGUGUAAGUAAGCAAACCCCCCCCCAUCGCUAUGCCUGAUGCCUGGGACAAAGGAGAAAUGAAGACAGAGACACAAUCACCAUCAGGCUACAAGCAAGGAUUGCAGGAAAAGCCGACACAAGUGCAAUACGACGCACAGUCACUCAGCCUGCCCCUUCAGAGCUCAUAUGUCCUCUUCUUCCAGGGGCCACCUGAGGACCAGCCCUUGUAUCCCAUUCUGGUGCCAUUCAGGGUUCACUUCCAUUGGCUCUAAUGAUCUGGGCUGUGUGUGGUGGCUUUGUUAGAUUUUAGAGAUUGUAGACCUUAUCGUCGUCGCUGUUCUUCUGGCUCACUCCACCCAGACCAACACAUCACACAGUCGCAGUGGUCAUCCAUGAUCUCAUUUAGUGAGCAGUGUUCCCCACUGUAGGCGGGAGUGCGGCUUUAUAUUGGUUCUCCUGCAGCUCUACCCAGGAGGACCACCAGGCACCUUGGUGUGAGAAUAGGUCCUCUCAUAAGGAAAAUGAUGCAUUCAUUGUUAGGGUUUUAAAUCCGUGUCGGGUUCUGGCCAGUGCAAUGACUCUGUUUACGAUUUUUGGGGAUUUACAUCUGAAUAAAGAUCCCGGCCAAUACUUAUUACAGGUACAGUUCACUGAAUGAAGAUAUAAUACCUUCCUUACGUAUGUGUGGUGUACCUAUCCACCAAGCCGAGUCUGCGUCAGCACAGAAUGGAGACUCCUAAGUAAGCCCCGCCCCCAAACCCAAGUGGUCUCCUCCCAAUACGAAAUCUUCCAUAUGGGCGGGUGACCUAAGAGCAGUAUGUUCCUGGAACGCUGAUCAUGCAUGAACAUUCUGCAGAUGGUAUCUCCCGCUGUUAUUAGCAACUAAGGGGCAGGUUUACAAAACCGUGGAGAGAGAGAAACUACCAACCAAUCAGCUCCCAACUGUCAUUUUUCAAACGCAUCCUGUAGCAUGGCAGUUAGAAGCUGAUUGGCUGGUACUUUAUCUCUCUUCACGGCUUAGUACAUUACCCCCAUACUGACAGAGUGGUUUCCUAGUGCAGCUACAAAGAAACUUAGGAGAGUAUUCCGUUCAUUGUCAUCGACACAAUGUUCCGGCAACAUCACACUGCUCCUGCCAGCAUUGAAAACACCCGCAUUGUUGCCCGUACCGUAAGUAGGCGACUUGUGCGCAGCCGCAGCAUAUCGCGUGAAGUUGAAUUCGCCCCUUAGUGGGUGUCAAAUUUGUAGAAAACGUUUAACGUAUUAUUUAGACGCAGUAACGUGACUGACGAGGCAUUUUAUUUUCAUGUCGCUUCCUGCGGCGCGCCCACCUUCCAUUAGGCACAUUUGGAAUGUGAUCAUUUUAAGAACUGUGAGAAUAUGUAAAUUUAUAAUGGAUGGAAAGAGAAAAAAAUAGAUCUGCACAAUAAAAGAAAACCCGUCAAUUAUAUACAUUUCCUUUCCUCAAACCCAGCUCGCACAUGAAACGUCGGUGAAGAAAAGAAUUCUAGUGCUGAGUUUAACCAGCGGAAGCCGCCCCUCUGCUUCCCCAGCACCACGUUUCCACUACGUAAGAGCAUUGCAGAUCUACUACAACAGUCACAGUAUUCAAUUACACAGCACAAAUGAAACCCCCCCCUCAGUUACCAAAGAUGUCACAGAUCCCCCCUGGCAGGACACGAGUUACCCUCGCUCUAGACACACCUUGUUAUUUUAUAAGAAGUAUUAAUAAAUACAAUUGAAGCACAAUAUAAGCAAAAUUAAUGCACAUACCCUGUAUUUAUUUAGCCAAGAAAAUUGUGUGUACAUUUUAUGAAAUGUAAUAAAAUGUGUUGUUCUUUU